CUCAGCGUAGAAGAGAAGAGAAGCUAGCAUGAGCCGCACGGGUCGGUAGUGCGGCGGCGGCACGCGUGCGCGGAUCGAUCCGGCGGCAUCGACCGCGCGGGGCGCGGCGGGACCAGCGAGCUCAGUCGCGCGCGGACCGGCGUGCGAGCGCCCGCGCCUUCGAAGUGCAUGGCGCGCCUGACUGGAUGCCUCGCGCCUUCGGGGAAUGGCUUCGUCCGAGGAAGAGGCGACUACCGCGUCGAUCCCUGAAGAUGACUGCCUCAGUGUCCGAAAAUGGUGGUGCUUCCUCCUGUCGUCGAUCUUCACUUUCCUCGCGGGCCUGCUGGUGGUGCUGGUAUGGCGCGCGUGCGCGUUCGUCUGCUGCCGCAAGGAGCCGGAGCUCGCGCCGAACGAUCCCAAGCAGAAGGAGCAGAAGGCGGCGCGGCAGGGCAAACAGGAGUUCGAGGGCACCUUCAUGACCGAGGCCAAGGACUGGGCCGGCGAACUCAUCUCCGGUCAAACCACCACCGGACGAAUACUGGUAGUGUUGGUGUUCAUCCUGAGUAUAGCAUCGCUCAUCAUUUACUUCAUUGACGCAUCAAGUAUCUCGACUUCCAGUGAAGAGGUGGAGCGAUGCCAGAAAUGGAGUGACAAUAUUACUCAGCAAAUCGACCUUGCCUUUAACAUAUUUUUUAUGGUCUACUUUUUUAUACGAUUUAUAGCAGCUAGUGACAAACUAUGGUUCAUGCUCGAGAUGUAUUCAUUUGUAGAUUAUUUCACGAUACCCCCAUCCUUUGUAUCGAUAUACCUGGAUAGAACGUGGAUAGGGCUAAGGUUUCUCAGAGCUCUGCGCUUAAUGACCGUGCCUGACAUUUUGCAGUACCUCAAUAUAUUAAAGACAUCGAGCUCAAUUCGUUUGGCGCAAUUAGUUUCGAUAUUUAUAUCAGUAUGGUUGACAGCGGCAGGCAUUAUUCAUUUGCUGGAAAAUUCCGGCGACCCGCUAGAAUUCGAGAACUCACAGAAGCUCUCGUACUGGACAUGCGUGUACUUUCUCAUAGUCACCAUGUCCACUGUAGGUUACGGUGAUGUGUUCUGCCACACUGUGCUAGGCAGAACCUUUUUGGUUUUUUUUCUCCUCGUCGGCUUGGCGAUAUUUGCCAGUUGUAUCCCAGAGAUAAUUGACUUAAUCGGCACUAGACCCAAGUAUGGCGGCACCCUCAAGAAUGAGCGGGGACGCAGGCACAUAGUUGUAUGUGGGCAUAUAACGUACGAGUCAGUAAGCCAUUUUUUAAAAGACUUCCUACAUGAAGACAGAGAAGAUGUGGACGUUGAGGUUGUUUUUUUACACAGGAAACCGCCCGACUUGGAGCUCGAAGGCCUGUUCAAGAGACACUUUACCACUGUGGAAUUCUUUCAAGGCACCAUAAUGAACCCUAUCGAUCUGCAAAGGGUAAAAGUACAUGAAGCGGAUGCUUGUCUGGUGCUAGCAAACAAAUACUGCCAGGACCCCGAUGCGGAGGACGCUGCCAACAUCAUGAGGGUCAUCUCCAUCAAGAACUACUCCGACGACAUCAGGGUCAUCAUUCAGCUGAUGCAGUACCACAACAAGGCCUACCUACUCAACAUUCCAUCGUGGGACUGGAAGCAGGGCGAUGACGUGAUCUGCUUAGCAGAACUGAAACUGGGCUUCAUCGCGCAGAGCUGCCUCGCGCCCGGCUUCUCCACCAUGAUGGCCAACCUCUUCGCCAUGAGGAGUUUUAAGACGUCUCCCGACACCCAAGCUUGGCAGAACGAUUACCUCCAGGGUACAGGCUGCGAGAUGUACACGGAGACACUGUCCACUUCCUUCACUGGGAUGAGCUUCCCUCAAGCGAGCGAGUUAUGCUUCACAAAACUGAAGCUACUGCUUCUGGCCAUCGAGAUCAAAGGCGAAGAAGGGGCAGACAGCAAGAUCUCUAUCAACCCUCGAAGUGCCAAGAUCCACGCCAACACACAAGGGUUUUUCAUAGCACAGUCUGCCGAUGAGGUGAAGAGAGCCUGGUACUAUUGCAAAGCCUGCCACGAAGACAUCAAGGAUGAAACACUCAUCAAGAAAUGCAAAUGCAAAAACUUGACCGCGCAGCGGAAGGUUGGAGCCGAUAUAGAUGUCGGAAUGAUGAUGAUGCAGACUGGGAUGGUGAAACAAAAUCUUAAUACAUAUCGAGGUUGUCUCGACGAUGACCACCACCCUCCCCCCACGUUCACGCCGCCAGAGUUGCCCAAGAAGGUCCAUGUUCGAGGUGAAAUUGCGAGAGAAAGAGGCGAGGAUACUAGCUUGAUAAAUCGGAAUCACCGGAGCGCGGCGCCAACAGCAUUGCUAUCCCCGAUGGCAAACCAGCUGAUGAACACCACCACGACACGGCAAGUCAACAAGGUCAAACCGAAUGUCAACAGAGCACCGCCUGACACGCCGACGAGUAGGAGUAGUGGUGGUAACCAAAACAGCAACGGGGUCAGUCUGCCAGCCGGCCUGGCGGAUGACCAGUCGAAGGACUUCGACUUUGAAAAGACUGAAAUGAAGUACGACUCCACUGGGAUGUUCCAUUGGAGCCCCGCCAGGAAUCUGGAGGACUGUAUACUAGACAGAAACCAAGCGGCCAUGACAGUGCUGAACGGGCACGUGGUGGUGUGCUUGUUCGCGGACCCCGACUCGCCGCUCAUCGGGCUCCGGAACUUGGUGAUGCCGCUACGGGCCUCCAACUUCCACUACCACGAGCUGAAGCACGUGGUCAUCGUGGGCAGCGUCGAAUACAUCAGGAGAGAGUGGAAGAUGUUGCAGAAUCUUCCCAAAAUUUCGGUGUUGAAUGGUUCACCGCUAAGCCGGGCCGACUUGCGUGCAGUUAAUGUCAACCUAUGCGACAUGUGCUGCAUCCUAUCAGCGAAGGUGCCAUCGAACGAUGACCCGACGCUGGCCGACAAGGAAGCUAUCCUGGCUUCGUUGAACAUCAAGGCGAUGACGUUCGACGACACGAUAGGCGUGCUAAGCGCGGGGGUGGGGACGAACGGGGGGAGCGCUGCGCAGCCGCCGCCGGGGCAGGCGCCCGCGCCGGUGCUGCUGCAAAGAAGAGGGUCCGUGUAUGGUGCCAAUGUGCCUAUGAUUACUGAGCUGGUGAACGACAGCAACGUACAGUUCCUGGACCAGGACGACGACGACGAUCCCGACACGGAGCUGUACCUGACGCAGCCGUUCGCGUGCGGCACCGCCUUCGCCGUCAGCGUGCUCGACUCUCUUAUGUCCACCACGUAUUUCAACCAGAAUGCCUUAACGCUGAUCCGCUCGUUGAUCACGGGCGGCGCCACUCCAGAGCUGGAGCUGAUCCUCGCCGAGGGAGCUGGUCUCCGAGGAGGGUACUCCACGCCUGAGAGUUUAGCUAAUAGGGACCGGUGUAGAGUCGGCCAGAUAUCCCUCUACGACGGUCCACUCGCGCAGUUCGGCGAGGCCGGCAAAUACGGCGACCUGUUCGUGGCGGCUCUCCGCUCGUACGGGAUGCUGUGCAUCGGGCUCUACCGGUUUCGCGACACCUCGUCCUCCUGCGACGCGAGCAGCAAGCGAUACGUCAUCACAAACCCGCCUGAUGACUUCAGCUUGCUGCCUACUGAUCAGGUGUUCGUCCUAAUGCAGUUCGACCCAGGAGUCGAAUACCGCUCGAGCCGACGCACAGGUUCGGCGGCAGCGGGCAAGGACGACGCCUCCUGACUAUUGCUGUGCAGCGCCCUUACCGACGGCCCCUACUCCUACAUAUAGGCGGUAGGGCCCGCGUCACGCUACCUGACAAUCCUACCGCACCCACGCGGGUGACCGGCUGAGCGAACGAUGACCGGUUGAUAGAUUUUUUGAGCUCUGAUUGAGAGUAAAUUUGUUGAGAUGAGAACUGGGUAGAUUCUAAUUUAAUUAAAUGCAGAAGUUGGAAUCACUUUUUAAUUCCAUUGGUAUUGGUAGACGAAUAAAAAGAACAAGACUCAAAAUCUAAAUGCCAAGGGCUAUAAUCAGUAACUAAUUACUUAGUUUUAUAUGGUUUAAGUUCAAUUUCACUAGUAAACGCGAAAUUUGCUGUCCAAGCUUUGGCUUGGAUAACAAGAUUGGUGUCUGCACCAAUCAGAGAAUUCGCUACAAACGUGAUACAGAAUCGAUUAAAAUCUACACUUCGCUCAGCCGGCAUCUCGAAUACAAUCAAAAUUCGUCUGGUACCCUCCCGCGACAGAGUUAGAACCCGUUUAAUUUUUAUUUCAGUUUGUUGAACAAUUAGUUCCUCACGGACACUGCACUACAACUCUUGAACUGUCGCACUCUGUACCUUCAAUGGAAAAACUAUGUACUCAACCGAUACAGAGUGAUCUAAACCCGCAUUUGUAAAUAUUGGUAUACAUGCGUGUUAGGAUGGCUUUCGGUGUUAAUAUCAUAUAAAUUAGUGGUGAGAUUAGACGAGAAGUAUAAUUGUUGAUGACCUAGAGGCAAGUUAGUCCGCGAAAUGUGGUUUACUUCACUCUGUACUCGCUUUACUCGAGUUUCCUUUUGCACACUGCACACAGUCAAAGGGUAGGUCCUAUCUCACAUACCGGUAUGUAAGUAAAUCUUUAAAAUAUAACACCUUAAUUUGAAAAAUAUAAAUGCUCAGUGUUUAAUGGAACCUUUUAAACUUUUAAUUGCAUGAUCGACUCAUAGAUCUGGUGAAGGGAUAAUUAAAAUACCAUAAAUAAUGUUUAAUGUAUGAUAACUUCUUUUAGAAUAUCCAUUCCUUAUUCUGUAGUUUUUGUCUCUCAACUCACUUAUAUAAGGCAUUAUAUCUAAAAGCUAAAAUAUAUAGUAUAUUUUAAGCAUUUAAAGUACUCAUUGACUGAUUGUUAAGCACUUCAUGCAUCAUUUUAUUACGUUACGACACUAUGUUAAGUUUUAUAGUCGGAUUUGACGCCGGAUUCAUAUCAUUUUAUUAGUUUUAAGACACAUGUUACCAUCUUUUUUAAUCUACUUACUAUGCUGCACGUAUGGUAGUGUUCUGCAAACGAUUGAUAUUUUUCAAAUUUUAUCCUUUUUAAAUCUCCUACAUUAGACACACGGUAGACAUUUUGUGUCGAGCUGAUCUCAAAUUAUCAGCUCCACACAAAGUUUAGACUAUAAUUUAUCUUUUAUUUAUUUAGUUAGUUAUUUUUAGUUUGUACGUUAUGUUUAUUUUUUUAAUAAAAUUUUAAAGCUUUGUUUUUGUUUAUUUUUUCUUUUCAUUUCAAUUUUGUCCCGGAGUUGGGAGGGGGAUUGUCACAGUGUCGUGAACUUUGGCGCUGCACAUUAAAAUAAGAAUAAAGUCUUAUGAACUGCAACAAAUUAUACGAAAAAAAAGAAUCUCAAUGCCAUUUGCGUGUAUGUUUGUUCAAAGAUGUUUUUUUUGCGUGGACACCGAGUGCAAAGUGUAAUUAAUAUUGCUGUAAUGUGUGAUUAUUUUCGAAACGUCGUUAUUAUAAUUAAAAUAGGGCUUUUGAAGCCUGCAAUGUACUUAGUGGUUAACUCCGGGUGCUUUGACGAUUGUGGACUCUUCAUAGUUUACUAUGUUAAUUGUAUUAGAUAAGUCACUUUUGAUCGACUGCAUCACCGCGACUCCAGUUCCAGUUCAAUCACGACUCUAGUGCAGUUGGUCGAAGGUCCUUUUUAGAAUUUACUAGAUUAGUUAUACAUUCGCCUCACGAGUAUUAGAAGCUCAUACCGCAACACCAUUACGAGAAAAUAACGCAAUAAUUAUUAAUAAUUCGAAUUACAAGAUGUUUGAUGAACAAACUGGUGUAGUAUGUGAUAAUAAGACGAGAUUGGCCCACUGCUGUAAGUCAAUCUUGCACGCAAUAUAGCACCAAAUGUACCUAAUAAAUACAUGAAUACCUCAAUUUAACUGAUAGACUUAGAAAGAGCAACUUAUAACAUUUAAAUUUAUCAAACAUCCUGUAUAUAAUAGUUCCCUUGUCACGUCAUUAGUCAUUCACCCUUCAGAUAGAUUAGGCAAAGCCGGCCUUUUACUAGGUUAAAUUAAAUAAAUUGGUGUGUCCUAUACGAUCGAAGCAUCGCAGACCCGUAGUUUGUAAAGGAAUUGAAGCAAACAUACUGCCAUAUUUUUGUAUCAUAAAUCCAUAAUACAAUAACAC